UGUAAAAUAAACCGCACCCGACGGAUUCGAUAAAUUACAAGUUAAAUAAUUGUGGCGAAUGCUAUAAAUAACACUGUGGACUAGACAUUACAGUACAGUUAAACACGUAUAGCGAAGCAAAACCGAUCUAAUGGAAUAAAUAACCGUAAUCUCUAGAAUACAACAAAUUUGAAAAAAGUUUACGAGAAAUAUUUAAAAAAGUUUCAAAAACUACAAUUUGAAAAUUUCAAGAAAACUUUAAGAGUAAAAGAGCCGUAGCAUGGAUUCAAACGCUUGUAGGUUGAAGCAGCCUUCUGAACAUUAUAAGCCUUAUGGAAGAGCACGUAUGGAAAUAAAGAACAAAAAGGCUUUGAAAGAAGAUAAAAAAUUAUGUAAUUUGGUGAAGCAGCAUCCGCAGCUGUACGACAAAGAACACAAGGGUUAUGGUCAGAAAAAGACUACAGACGAGGCAUGGCACACGAUUGCGGAAUCGUUGGGGAAGUCAGGUUGCUUUGAAGUGGUUUUGACUCUUUCAUAGGAUUUGUAUACCCAGAAGUGGGUAUAUUGAGUUUGGCAUGAAGUUUGUAGCACCCAAAGGAAAGCGUGGGAGACCCUAUAAAUAUAUUUAGUAUAUAAGUAAUAAGCGUGACGAGCUGAGUCGUUCAAGCUAUGCGCGUCUGACUAUUCGUCUGUCAGUAUAUACGCGAGCUAAUCGUUCAGUUCUUCAGAUAUCGUUCUGAAAUUGUGCAUACGUCCUUUAAUCUUUAAGAAGCUGCCAAUUUGUCGGCACCACUGAUAUCGGAUCACUAUAGUAUAAAGAUAACUGCCAUACAAGCCGAACGAUCGGAAUCAAGUGAAUGUAUGGAGAGCUUCAAGAUCGAUCAAAAUCAAGUGUUUGUAUGGAAAUUUUUGUUGACCUUUUUUUUUUUUGAAUUAUAGCUUCGGUGCAACGGCAGUUAAAAAUUUCUGUGGUUGGCAAUAAAUUUUUUCUUUCUAAUUUGCUUACUUAUUUCAGUGUCUCAAUGCAAAGCUCGUUGGGAAACACAGCGUUCUGAGUACAUCGCCUACCUAUGUUCCCUUGAUGCCGAUAAGGAACAGCGUAGACUUAGUCGUUCAUUUAAAAAAAUCAUUCA